UUCGCCAUUGUUGCAUUCCCAAAUUCAUAUCCACAAUUUUAAUCCAUUUUCUAUUCCCAUUCCAUCCCAUCAUCACGGCAAUUCCACGCCACCCAUGUCGGCUCCAUCCGCUCGCCGGCUUCGAGAUCGCAGUGGCGGAUCCGCUACCUUAGACGCCGCCAUCAAGUCCUCCAAACCCCUAACACCUGUUUCUUGUUCCAAUCGAAAGGCUACUUCCGAUUCAUCCUGCAGAUUUUCGUCGGCGGGGAAAGAGAAUCCGAGGUCCACGUUUAAGGUUCCGAUGAUAGCCCAAAAGCCAUCGAUCCGGGCCGUGCCGCAAGUGAACAAGGCUGCGGCGAUUGCUGUUACCGAUGCUGAAAGUCGUACUCGGAGGUCCACGUCUUCGGUUCCGAGAGGUAGGUGCUCUAGUCCUUCUGAGUUUAUUAGGGUUUCCGUUGAUUCUCGUAUGGACCGGAGGGUUUCGGUUGAUCGAGUGAGAGGAUCUGUGGGCGGUGGAAGAGGUUCGCGUGGUAGAGGUUCUGAGAGUAAUAAACAGACAGUAGGAGUUAAGGAUCUGAAUGUGAUGGCGGGUGGAGGAGGGCCGACUGAAUUAAGGGUUUAUAGGGAGUUGAAGGGAAAUGUAAAGCUUCGAGCGAGCAUGGAUAGUAAGCUUCGGAUUUCUGAGGCUAAGCAACAUGCUGAUGAUGAGAAAAUUGGGGAUAAACCACUGGAGAUUAAGGUUUUAGGGAGCCAUAUUGGGGAAGGUUUUGACGAAACAUUACGAAGCGACGAAAAUGGUAGAAGCUCGAUUAUUUUCGAGAGCGGUUUCGCAGUUAAUGAAGCACGAAAAGAAAAAUUUUGUAUCAUUGCCGAGUCGAGAAUUGCAGAUCGUCGAGGUGUUAACUCUAGUUUGGAGUGUGAGCAGAAAGAUUUGGAGAUUGUCAAAGAGUGUACAGGUAACAAGUAUCCAAGCAAGCUCCAUGAAAAACUUGCUUUCUUGGAAGGUAAGGUAAAGAGGAUAGCAUCGGAUAUUAAGAAGACAAAGGAAAUGUUGGAUUUGAAUGGUACUUGUUCAUCUAAGCUGAUACUUUCAGAUAUUCAGAAGAAGAUUUCUGGGAUUGAGAAAGCGAUUGGGCAUGGUGCAGUCAGUUCUGGUACAAACGAGAAAGAUAUCAAAAUGGGUCUGAAGGAUGAGGCCAAUGAGGCAGAUAUUAACACCAAGGAAUUGGAGGAGAGGCUAUUUCCUCAUCGUAAAUUGCUCAGGAAUGGGAUGGCAAUGAAAUCAACAUCAGAUACCUCUCAGAGCAAUGACAUCCAUACAAUUGAUGAUAACCCAGUUGCUCUGGAGUUUUUGGAGCAAACAAAAGUCACCAUCAGGAGCGAACAAGUUCAAGAAAUGGAAGGAAAUACUUCUGCAGGAUUGCAAGAAUCCUCAACCCAAUUCAAGGGUAAGCAAGAGGCUGAGUUCGUUCUCACGAGCGAUGAGAUUCUUGAUAAUUUUGACGAUCAAGAGAAUAAACAAGGAGGUCUGACUGACGAGGAGACAGAUGAUACUAGCAUCUACCAGAUGAAUGAAAUAGGAACUAGAACCUCAAUAGGUGGAUGGUUUGUGUCGGAGGGAGAGGCUGUCCUUCUUGCUCAUAACGAUGGUUCAUGCUCGUUUUACGAUAUUACUAAUACAGAGGAGAAAUGUGUAUACAAGCCACCAGAAGGAAUCUCACCCAAUAUUUGGAGAGACUGUUGGAUAAUACGUACCCCUGGAGCAGAUGGUUGCGCUGGAAGAUAUGUGGUGGCAGCAUCAGCUGGGAAUACGAUGGAUGCAGGUUUUUGCUCAUGGGAUUUUUACAGCAAGAACAUACGAGCUUUCCAGAUUGAGGGUGCAAUGACCUCUUCAAGGACGGCACUUGCUCCCUUACCCCAUAACAUUGUGCAAAAGCGUUAUGCUCCAAGUUAUAUGCUGGUGCCUGAAACGGAACAGUGGUGGUACAAGCCGUGCGGACCUCUGAUUGUUUCAACUGCUACCUGUCAAAAGAUUGUAAAGGUUUUUGAUGUCCGUGACAGUGACGAAAUUAUGAACUGGGAAGUGCAGAAGCCUGUGGCAGCAAUGGAUUAUUCUAGUCCCUUGCAGUGGAGGAACAGAGGAAAAGUCGUUGUAGCAGAAACAGAAGCAUUAUCUCUAUGGGAUGUUGCUUCUACAAGUGCUCAUGCAUUGCUCUCUGUUUAUUCAUCUGGCCGCAAAAUCUCUGCUCUUCACGUCAACAACAUGGAUGCUGAAUUAGGGGGAGGAGUUCGACAAAGAAUAAGUUCAGCAGAAGCAGAAGGAAACGAUGGUGUAUUCUGCACAACAGAUUCUGUAAAUAUUCUGGACUUCCGCAGCCCAUCAGGAAUAGGCCUAAAGUUGCCUAAACCCAGCCUUGGCGCACAGUCUGUUUUCUCUCGAGGAGAUUCUGUGUAUGUUGGUUGCUCCAGUGGUGGCAGGUCAGGAGGGAGGAAGCCGCAAGCCUCUUCAGUGGUACAUCAAUUUUCUAUUAGAAAACAGGGCCUCUUCUGCACUUACGCAUUACCAGAAAGCAAUUUACACGCCCAUCAUACACCAGUGACUCAAGUUUGGGGGAAUUCAAAUCUUGUCAUGGCUGUCUCUGGACUGGGGCUGUUUGUAUUUGAUGCCUUAAACGAUGAAGCCUCACAACCCUCCUCAGUUCAUACUGAAAGCACCCAAGUGUUCAGGGAAGUCAUUGGUUCAGAUGAUUUGUAUUCACCUUCGUUCGAUUACUCGACAUCGACAUCUCGUACACUUCUCAUAUCAACGGAUCGCCCUGCAGCAUGGAAACAAUUGUCAUAGGUAAUUAUUUUUUAAGCUGCUGGCUAAAUGCUGUUUAGUUUGAUCUGUCUUGAAAAGCUGUAUAAGAUGUUUGUGUCUUAUUUUUUGUGUUCAUGUAAGAUGGUAGAGCAAUUGUUCUGCAUUUAUGAUU